GGUUCAAUCAAUUGGGAUGUAGCAAGCACAUUAUAGUAUUGGUUUUUAGAUCGAAUCUAUAAAUAUUGAACUGCAUGACCUUGCAUCGUGAUACUGGAGUAUAUACUUCCCUUUUUAAAGCUCCGUAGAAGAUUACUAUCAACACUCAAAGCUUUGAUUAUGAUGUGAACAUACUGAAACAGAUGGUACACCACGAAAAGUAGGCUUACGUUUCUAAUUAAUCCUCAAAAGUAUGUUGGCUGUUUGACUUUUCAUUUACAUUUGUGAAACUGGAACCGGAAUCUUCCACGAUGUUUCAUGGUCAACAAUGGACAGUGGUGAUCGAGGUUUGCAUCCACUGGUAUUGCCUUCAUGGCUGCCGUCUGUUACCUUUACUGAGAGAUUUUCUUCCAUUUAUAUCAACCAAAAACGCUCCGACAUCGGAUGGCGAGCGUCUGACCUAUGCUUUCCUUGCCUGGCAUUUUCUAUCCUGCCUCUCUUCAAGGGCAUCAGAGCUGUGGCAAAUAAACGAUUCGAAAACAUGGACACCCUUGGAGCGGAUCCCACUGCACCAGUCGUAAUCGGUCGAAUCACCUACUACAUUGGAUAUCUGUACUUUGAUAACCAACUUUACAGAGCAUUUGGUUUUGCUGUUACGGAUCUGCCAUCUGUACUUGGCCUCGGUUAUGCCCUUUUGACCAUAAUUGAUCAAGAUAUUUAG